UUUCAAACCUCGCACCGCACGGUGCACAGUCCUAUCGGAGAAAAAUGGCGGUGUGGAGCAGCAUUUUGCGUGCCGCGAGGCAAAGAUUGCUGCAGAACGGCGGCUCCGGGACGGUGCUGUUGAAGAAUGGACAAGCGAGAUGCAUGUCGGAAGAGCGCACGUUCGUCAUACGACCGAGCCGCUUCCAGUGGCACAAAACGAAAGAUUAUUUCCACUUGUACUUCUUACUCGGUGCCAUUCCCGUUGGGAUCGGGAUCACCCUGGUUAACGUGUUCGUCGGUCCUGCCACGCUCGAGGAGAUCCCCGAGGGCUACGUUCCAAAGGAAUGGGAGUACCUUCAGCAUCCAAUUAAAAGAUUCCUCCAACGCUACUUCUUCCCGUCGCCGCAGCAGGAAUACGAGAAGUAUCUGCACUACAUGUACCACGAGAACCAGCUCAGGAAAGUGAGGCUUCUUGAACAGCAGGUGUACAACGCGAUGGGCACGAAAGGCGAUUACAGAGGUCCGUACUUCAAGGAGUUCUACGGCGCCAAGUAUCUUCACCUGCACAGAAAGUCUUUGGACGAAAACAUCGAGGCGACCGAAUAAAUUUGAUUUCAUUCUGCUUGUAACGAUUAAUUUUAAUUCGAGAGCACCGUGGAAACUGGGGGAAAUUGUUCAAUCGGGUGUAGAUAUAAUAAUACGUAGAUCCCGCGUGCUCUAGGACUUGGUUAUUAUUUAUGCUGCAGAGUAAACCCUGCGCGGUCAGAUCUCUGCCGAUAAAUACGUCACAUUGUACAGUUACUACAACAUAGUUAAUAAAGUCUUGAUUAAAAUUU